GGUUGUAAACAUAACCAAAUUAUUAGUGAUUGUUAGUUUGUGGUUGGAGGUAACGUUUCGGUGCCUGCAAGCAGGAAAAACGAAAUACAGAUAUGAAUGAUAAGAUCGAUAAGAUGGUCCCGCCUUUAAAUUACGAGGUUAUGGAAGUUAUUUUUCCACAUAUAAAUGGAAAAUUACUUGCACGUUGUGAACAAGUAUGCAAGUUGUGGAAGGAGGUGGUCCAAAGUCUGUCGAAGCGAACUCACAUUUGGAAAACUUGCUGUGAGAAGGAGAUUGAUGAAGAUGUAAGAAUAGAACUGUUGAACAGCUGUUACCCAAGAUGGCAUAUCAUGUGUCCUAGCGAUUCUGAAUGGCGAGUAGUCUACAGAACAUGGUGUGAAUGGCACCAUGUCGGAAGGUGGCCACAUAUCACAAAAAAUGUGUGUGGAGAUUUCAAUCUAGAAGCAGUGACCUGCAUGAAGAUAUCAGGAAGAUAUAUUAUUUCAGGUCAUACAAAUGGUGGUGUAUAUUUUUGGAAUUCCAAUAAUUGUGUUAAGGUAGCAUCCCAUAUGACACAUGUCAUAGAUCUUGGUGUGAUGGUUUUCAAUGGAGAAUGCAGAAAUGAUUCACCUCAGAUGAAACAUGACUUGGUAGUAUCAGUGUCAUAUGGCCAUAAUAUUCAACUAAAUCCACUGGGAUUCAAAUACAAAGAGCUGUGUGGAUUUCCUGUUGUUGUUGAAGAGGACUUUGAGGCUGUGAUAACACUCCGGACCUUUGGGAACAUUUUUGUUUCCCUGACCAGUACUGGAAGUGUUUCAAUAUGGCAACUGAAUGCUUCUCCUUGCAACACAAAUGUUCCUGAAAUAAUUAAAUUACACACAGUACGAAUGGCUCGGCCUCAUAUUCAAGCUGUCACCAUUUGGGGCAACAAAACUAUUCAGGUGUCUGCACUGGCACAUACUGGACUGUGCAGUCCCAUUUUUCGUGGAGGUGAUUCAGGCUCCUAUGAACUGCUUCAAGAUGGAGCAUUUCGACAGUUUUCAUCGCCAGACACGUGGAAAGAAAUACGAAGCAGAAAAAUUUUGAAGGUCUUUCUUUGGAGAUAUGGGAUCAGCAUUUUGCUUACUGAUCAGCAUUUCAUGUAUACCAGUGUAAAUGGUUGUAGACCAGUAAAGUACAAUACUAUGCCAUAUCUUCAUUCAUAUCCCAUCACAGUGCUACUGUAUGGAGAAAUUCUGUUGCUGGGUAUGGAAUGUGGAACUUUGUACAUGUACCUGCUCUCUCAUAUAACAGACCUGUUGACGUUGAAUCUGGCGCAAGUGUACUGGAAGCACUCACUUGGCCAACACCCAAUUAUAGCUCUCGAUAUAGCUGAAACAAGUGAUGGUCCUGUCAUAGCAGCCACAACACGUUACACCAUAUAUCGCAUACUUUUCAUCCCACCUCGAUUACGCUAAGUGAAUUUAUUUUAAUAAUAUGCUGCCCCAUAGUGGGACAGGUUUUUAAGUUCCAAAUUCAAACAGAAGAGAUUUUAGUUAAAUAUCCAUACAUUACAUUCCUUUCAGUAUUAGACCUCUGCUAUGUAUAUUACAUAACAUAAUCCUUCUGUCACUGUAGAGAUCUUCUAAAACAUCUUUCCCUUUUUGCUAGUUAUUUCCUGUACUUUUUCAGAAUACUGUCAGAUCUCAUCCGCUGAAUAUUUUCUUUCCAGUUUCUUCUGUAUUCUGUAAAUUCUGUUAUUCAUGGAAUUUGUCAGUCUCUCAUAAUUUCAUUCCUUUUAUGGUCUGAAAGGGUGUAUUGUGCACUCCUGCUGAUGCCCAUGCAAACAAAUGCAACUCAUUGUUUGUAUUGUGAACAUUUGAUUAACAGAUUUUGUAUUUGGAAGACUAGUAUCUCUUCUAGUAUGCAUAAUGAUUUCUUUCUACGAUAAUUUGCAAAGCUAUGUCUCACACAGAGAGGCAUAAUAUUCAUACCAUGUUUCUUGUGUACUGUAAUAAGAGUAUUUCCUUGGGAACAUGUUUGUUUGCGAAGGCAUUACUCAGUUACAGCUGCAUAUAAUUUCUUUUUAAGAAUCUGCUGCCAAGCAGCAGAUGUUGUUUCAUUGUUUCAAGGCUGUUACCCACUAACAGGUCUAAAUGCUACAACAUUUUCCUUUAAACUGUCCAUCAAGGCACUUGCAGUGCAAUUGUAAAAUCAUACUUGACUCAUUUUGUCUCUUCACAUCAUGUCACAUGACAAAUAACUUCACGCCAUUCUGGAUAUAGCGAAUUUAUUCCACAGUUUAAAACUUCACAAAUACUGCCAUCUGCAGUAUCACAAUUAAUUCUCCAUUCACUCUGGCGAAUGCUAGACUGCAACUGCCCUCGGGAACUUCACGAUCCACGCUGUGUCACUCCUGAUCACACACUCUCGUCACAUACUGCUCAACCAGCUUCUUAUACCGUUCCCUGUUGCCUGUGUCAACAGCGGUGUCCCAUGUUACAUCACCACGGGGGAGGGAGGGGAGUGUUGACUGGCCUGUUACCAUAGCAGCAGAAGCUGUUAUGUCACCGCUGGCAGGGGAGGGGGUGUCCUGC